AUGGCAAGCUUUGGGCCUUUGCGGCGUCCAGCCUGGAAGACCGCGAGGCGGUGGUUGGGAGAUGGGGUGCGAGGUCCUCGCUUCACUGACGUCGAAGGGCAUUUGCAGAAGGCUAAGGAGUUCUUUACGAAGCCGGCCCUUUCUUACCCGGAGUACAAGCAGCAGUGUGAGUCGCUUCGUCUUUUUGCCUUUGGUGGUGUCUGCGGCGGCUGUGUCUUGUCGCUGUUUCUGUUUCCACCGAAGUCUUCCUACUGGGCGACCUGGAGUCCCUGGCAGUGGGCGCAGUACGUUGGGAGUUGCUUCAAAACUGCACCGGCUCUUUUUGCCGCAGAGAAGAUUGAGACAGUGAGCUACCAGUCCAUACUGUACCCGCAGAGGAAGGUCAGCGCGACCGUGCCACCGGCGUCGACGGUGCAAAGCUCGCCGUCGAAGCCUGUAGCCCCUCCGAAGCCACGGGUGCUCUUCGUACUUGGGGGUCCAGGUGCCGGCAAAGGCACGCAAUGUACAAACAUUUGCACUCGCUUCCCCCACUGGUCGCACAUCUCGGCUGGAGAUUGUCUGCGGGCGGAACGCAAUGAUCCGCAGUCCAAGGAUGGGGAGCUCAUCAACUCCUACCUCAAGGAGGGCAAAAUCGUGCCGGUGGAGAUCACUGUGCGGCUGCUAGAGAAGGCCAUGCAGAAAGACAUGGCGCAGGGCAAGACGGACUUCCUCAUAGAUGGCUUCCCGAGGAACCUGGAUAAUGUGACCGGAUGGGAGCAGGUCAUCGGGGACCGUGCCGAC